GCUGUAAGCCUACGACAAUAAUGACCUUAAGUUCGUUUGUGUGCGAUGGCCUUUAUACGUCCUCUGACUAACUACUAAGCAGGAGAGUGCGACCACUUGUUGCUCUCGCGGAUCGUAGCAAUAUAUUUCCUGGAUAUAUCACCGAAUAUAUUUUAUUUAGUUACAUCUUAGGUCUGUUUUUUUAUCGCUGAACUAGUGUACACUCAGGGAACAUAAAAAGAAAUAGAUAUAUAUCUAGGAGUUAGUGAAAGGGAGAGAAGAGAGUAAGUGCAAGUUAGUGCAGCCAGUUCAGCAAUAGAAGACAAACCUCUUGUGUCCGAUCGUAUCCAUUCACCAUCCGCAAAAAUGAGCACUCCGACAGCAGAUAUUGCCCUAAUUGGUUUAGCAGUCAUGGGACAAAAUUUGAUUUUAAAUAUGGAUGACCAUGGAUUUGUUGUAUGUGUAUAUAACCGUACGAAAGAUAAGAUCAAAUCUUUUCUUGAGAAUGAAGCCAGGGGCACAAAAGUUAUUGGCGCAGAUAGCUUGGAAGACAUGGUCAGUAAACUGAAGAGUCCAAAGAGAAUAAUGUUAUUAGUUAAAGCUGGUGAUGCCGUAGAUCAAUUUAUCAAUUUAUUGGUGCCUCUCCUCUCUCCUGGAGAUAUUAUCAUCGAUGGUGGCAACUCAGCUUAUCAAGAUAGCGAGAGACGUGCCAGAGAUCUUGAGAAGAAAGAGAUUCUCUUUGUGGGCAGUGGAGUUAGUGGUGGAGAAGAUGGUGCCAGAUAUGGACCAUCUUUGAUGCCUGGUGGUAAUCCUAAAGCUUGGCCACAUAUUAAACCUAUCUUCCAGUCAAUAUGCGCAAAAUCCAACGGAGAGCCUUGCUGUGAUUGGGUCGGGGAAUAUGGUGCUGGACAUUUUGUCAAGAUGGUGCACAAUGGGAUCGAGUAUGGUGACAUGCAGAUCAUCUGCGAGGCGUAUCACCUGAUGAGAAAUGGCCUACAACUUUCACAGGAACAGAUGAGCGCUGUAUUUGACUGUUGGAACAAGGGCGAGCUGGAUUCUUUCCUGAUCGAGAUCACCAGGGAUAUAUUGAAAUAUAAGGACGAGAAAGGCUACCUUCUAGAACGCAUUAGGGACACAGCGGGCCAGAAGGGCACGGGCAAAUGGACGGCUAUCGCCGCAUUAGACUAUGGAAUGCCCGUCACUCUAAUUGGUGAGUCAGUGUUCUCCAGGUAUCUGUCGACAUUGAAAAGCGAACGCGAGAUAGCGAGUACAAUAUUAGCCGGCCCGGACGAGAUGUUCAAGGAUGACAAGAAAAUGUUCCUAAAUCACUUAAGGAAGGCUCUGUACGCCGCAAAGAUCAUCUCGUAUGCGCAGGGCUUUAUGCUGCUGAGGGAAACUGCUAAGCUCUACAAGUGGAACUUGAAUUACGGCGCGAUAGCGCUGAUGUGGCGAGGUGGAUGUAUCAUAAGAAGUGCGUUCCUGGGAAAUAUAAAAGCAGCAUUCGACAAAAAUCCAAAAUUAUCCAAUCUAUUAUUGGACGACUUCUUCGCCAAGGCUAUGAAGGAGUGCCAUCAGAGCGCGAGGGUGGUGGUGUCGACGGCUGUGACACUGGGUAUACCGACUCCCGCUCUAUCAACGGCCCUAGCUUUCUACGACGGAUACAGGACCGCUCGAUUGCCAGCGAACUUGCUGCAAGCUCAGCGAGAUUACUUCGGCGCACAUACCUAUGAGCUUCUCGGCCAAGAGGGGAAGUUUGUCCACACGAACUGGACCGGACAUGGCGGUAACGUGUCGGCUUCCACAUAUGAUGCAUGAGUUCAACCUGUAACGAUUUUCAAUGUUGUUUUUAUCAUCGAAAACGUACAACAGAUGCAGGAAAAUGAUAUGAAUUUGAUUGGUCGAUAGUUAUAUAUACAGCUGCGAUACAACCCUAUAUGUAUCUUCUUAUGUGCUGAAAGCUACGAAAUAUUACAAAUUUAUUUUUGUAUCACGUCCCUCUUCACGCUCUCUUUCUCUCUCUCUCUUUCUCUCUCUUUCUC